UUUGUCAUUUUUUGAAAACAAUAAUCAAAUGUUGUGCGUUACCAGGGUAACCGGGGUAAACUACCAAGUGUGCUGCUAGACUAGCUAAACUAUGCUCUAGUUAAACUACUGGCCUUUUAUUGUCCAUAAAUAUAGCAAGUAAACUUCAACACGUUCCGUGAAGACACGUAAGAAAUAUACCUAGCUACGAAUCUGUUGAUUGUGUUAUUGAGCAUUUUGCCCAGGAUAUUUUCUAACACAAAAAUGUCACAGUUAGAAAACGGUAUCGUUAGUAGCUAGCUAGAUAGGUGAUGUUGUAAAUUGCUUGGCUAAUUUCGCUCGAAUUCAGUGUUCACAGACCAUCAGGAUGUCGGUUCCUUUGUCUGGGGUAGAGCUGCUCAGAGUGUGUACAGUGCUCCAGGACUGUUCUGCACAGCUGUCAGUGCUGGGUCACAUCAUGCCCGACACCUACAGGGGUCGUCCAGAAGCUGAUAAGUUUGUGUCAGCCGACAUUGGACAGGUCCUUGAACAGCAGAAAGGGGCAGAGCAGAACCUGAAAGCAGCCCGUCAGUUUGAGAGAGAGUCUGGGAGACUGUCAGAUGCCACCCGUGAGCUGCACAGAUCCCAGAAGGAACUGAACCGCACACUAGAGGAGAACCCACUGUCCCCUGACAACCUGGCCAAGGUGCAGAGAGACAGUCAGUUUGUGGGUCACGUGAUUGCUGAUGUGUUGGCAGAGCUGCAAGAGAAAGGGACCUUUCACAGCUUGCUUUUCGCUGUGGAAGAAGAGAAAAGAAGGAAGGCCAACCUCCUGGACAUAAUAAUCAGGUCAGGUUAUGGUCAAUAUGAAUAUGUAGGCUAA